CUUAGCUAGUGGAACGGCCGUUCCCCGCCUCAUCAUGCGAGGGAUCUGGAGCCAAGUGAUUACCCUAGGGGUAAUUUUACAAAUCGCUCUAGUUUCGGGAAAGGCAUUAAUUCCUCAAAAUCAACAAACACAGCAACAGGUGGAACGGAAUUCUGAAGUAGGUAAUACUGCUCAGAAGCGAGUUGGCUACGACUACCCAGCCCCACCGCUCGAUCUCGUCAAUCCUUUCCAAGAUCAUGAUGACUUGCAUUCUCACGACAACCACCACGAAGUAAUCGAACACCACGAUGAGCAUGAUCACCACGGCUUUGAUGAUCACGAGCAUCACGAACAUCAAGAGCACAAUGACAUUCAUGAGGAGCAUCAUGUAGAGGAGCACCAUGAGCACCACGAUCACCACGAUCACCAUGACCACCACGACCCUGGCUAUUGGAAGAAGAAACUGAUUUGGAAGCCUGGGUGGAAAAAAAUCUGGAAGCCUGCCAAGAAACAAAUCUGGAAACCUUCUUGGAAAAAGAUUUGGAAACCAGUCUGGAUACCUACAAAACGUCCCGUUUGGAAAGAAAUUAAAGUUCCAGACUGGAAGAAGAUCUACAAACCUGAAUGGAAACCGAUAAAAGUACCCGCUUGGAAGGAAGUAAAAGUUCCCGACUGGAAAAAAAUCACGGUUCCAUAUUACAAGGACAUUGUAGUACCGGGUUGGAAGGAAAUACAAGUACCUGCGUGGAAAAAGGUUUGGAUCCCUGAAUGGGUCAAAGUAGGCGUGCCUGGUGAGAAAUAUUUAGGAAAGGAUCACGAUGGAUGGGAAUAUACGUCUCAUGAUCUCUGGAAGAAAAAACUAAUUUGGAAGCCUAUUUGGAAAAAAUACUGGAAACCAGCUAAAAAGCAAAUAUGGAUUCCAGACAAGAAAUUAGCAUGGAAAGACGAGUGGAAGCAAAUUUGGAAAACCGAAAAGAAACAAACAUGGAUCGAUGACAAGAAAUUAGUAUGGAAAGAAGCUUGGCAACAAAUUUGGAAGCCAUCUAAAAAGUUGAUCUGGGUACCUGACAAGAAGUUAGAAUGGAAAGAAGCUUGGAAACAGAUUUGGGUACCAGCUUGGAAGGAGAUCUGGGUUCCAGGUGUCAAGAAAAUCUGGAGACCUGUUUGGAUCUCCGAAUGGUUCCCAUCUCCUGAUCAUCAUGAGCACCAUCACGAGUCUCACGGAUGGGACAGAAGUGACGUCUCCGACAACAAUGCAGCAGCAAGCCAAAAAUCUGUGUCCGUGCAGCAACCUGAUCAGAAAGCGGCGCCGAAGAAGUCACAACAACAGUCGUGGCUAUUCCCCAAAUAAUUUAUAUCAUAAAUUAUAUGCUUCUUCUGUAGAUUUUAAUCAUCGAAUUAAUCCGUCUGACGGAUAAAAAGCGCUUAGAUGCGUUAGAAGCCAUAUAAUGUCAAGACUGUAAAACAGCUACCACAGGCGUCCAGGAGCGAAGAGACUAUCCCAUCACAGCUACUCACUUAGGUAACGAACAUUUGUUUUACCAUUAUGAUAUGCCAAGCGAAAAUUGUGAGUCAGCGAUGCGAUUGUGUCUUUGCUCGGAAAUAUUUUUCUCAUACAAAAAGACAUACGUACAAAUGUUUUGACAAUAUUAUUUAUGGUAAGCUUUAAACUGUUGUGUAGUUACCUUAGAUCAGUCUUAUUGUAGAGUAAGUUGAGAGCUUGUUGUCCGUACCCACUGAUGCUAUGUGUUUUGUUGUUUAUUAGCUAUGUUAAGUCUUAGAUUAGGAUUUAGUUUUUAAUUUUGCGGAACCAAUGAAAUAAAUAAUUACGUUUUAUUAAAAUA